AUGAUGGCCAAAACAUAUGCCGAAGGUUCUAAGAAAAGCAUACAGGAAUACAUGGAAGCUUACGAAAAUUAUAAACAAAGUACUGAUAAUCCUGACAGCAAGGAAGAAGAUAAAGAAGAAAUGGACGGGAGAUGGAAAAACAAAAAAAUCAAUACCAGAAGCGGUAAAGGCAAGAACGAACUGACACCUAAGGAAAAUGUAGUCAAGAUCCUGAAUUUGAAAAAUUGGUAUCUAAUCGUUCUAAUCUCUUUAGAACAAGUAACAUGCUCAAUAGAAGGUUCAUUACCCAAACCAAGACUAAACGACACACGAACCGGCGAUGAUCCGUGCAACCCGCUAUACUGGUACCCCAAGAAUAUUCCAGAAUACUGCAACUUCAGGAAACUGCCGACGCCUCCAACAGUUCCGAGGCCAGACAUACCUAUUCCUGUACCUAUACCUGUACCUAUACCUCCGCACCUCCCAAUACCGAUGCCCAUCAUUCCUCCACCAGUCAUACCUCCAAUAAUGAUGCCUCCCGACAUAACCCCUCCCGGUCCUCCUCCACCCUUAAUGUUACCUCAUCCCGUAAUGCCUCUUCCAAUGCCUUUGCCUUUUGGCAUUCCUCUGGCGCCAACGAAUCCAAUGGUUCCAGUUGCUGGAAUUCCUCUGCCGCCACCACCAGUUUAUCCAAUGGCUUAUCCGCCCCCAUACCCAGCACCUUACCCUUCACCAUAUGGUUCACCUUACCCUCAUCCUAUGUCACCCCCUUUGCCUUACCCUCCAUCUAUCUCACACCAUUUACCUUACCAUUCACCCAUAGCACCGUCUUUCCCAUCCCCUCUUCCAGCUCCUUUCCCAGGUCCGCUACCAGGACCUUUUCCAGGCCUUCCACCACAUUUUUCAUCCCCCUUUCCUGUGCCACCGCGCAGAGGCAUCGGCUUGGUUCCUGGUAUACCAGGCUUGGUUAGUCCCGAUGGUGGGAUAAACAUAAUGCCAUUCUCAGAUGCCUACUCCGAUAUGCUGGAAAAGCAUAAACAAAAGAUGAUCAGACGACGUCUUCAGAAGAUGCUGAGCGAAUAUGACAGACCUCCGUGGAAGGCACACAAAAAGACGAGGCGAUCAAACGGAGAAGAGGAUGUUUAUAUUUAUAAACCGAAUGAAAAUGUAAUUGAUUGA